AUGGAGAGGGGAAGCCUUUGGUGUAAAGUUCUUAGAGCAAAAUACUGUAACGCUAAUCACUCUAAACCUUCCUCUUGGUGGCUUGAUCUUUCCCAGGUGUGUUCUCCUGAAGGCCAUGAGAUGUGGUUUGAAGACAACAUUAAAAGGAAGCUUAGGGAAGGAAAUGAUACACUAUUUUGGAAAGAUGAUUGGUUGAACCAAGGGAAACUCAUUGACAAGUAUCCUAGGUUGUUUCACCUCUCUACUCAAGGGAAUUACCAUGUGAAGAAGAUGGGAUACUGGACUAAUGGAACCUGGAAUUGGGAUUUCAAGUGGAGAAGACCACUAAGGGACCCUGAAAAUCAGUUGCUCAAGACUUUUUUGCUUUCUGUGAAUACUGCUACUCUUCAUGAGGGCUCUCUUGAUAGCUGGACCUGGACCGCAGCUGCAGAAGGCAUGUACACAGUAAGUUCAGCCUAUGAUGUUUUACAAGGAGAGAUCGUAGAGGAAAGGGGCAGGAUUUUUCAGAAUUUAUGGGAGAUACCUGCACCCUCUAACACCUUGGCUUUUGGUUGGAGGGUUCUUCACGACAGAAACCAAACUAGAGAGAACUUGAGGAAGAGGCAUGUGCUUCAUCUUGAAGAGGAAGUGGUUUGCCCGCUGUGUUUUCAUGCUGAGGAAUCCUCUUCACAUCUUCUCUUCACUUGUCCGUUUGCAUGGAAUGUGUGGAUGGCUACCUACAAGUGGCUAGGCAUCACCACAGUUUUACCCAAGGAAGUGGAAGGCCACUUUCUCCAGCACAUUUCCUUUUGCUGGUCAAAGAGGCAAAUGUUGGGAGCUUGGGUAAUUUGGAUUUCUGUCAUUUGGUCCAUUUGGUCUCAUAGGAAUGCAAUUAUCUUCAAAGAGGGGAAUGUGGAUGUUGAUAAAGUGAUUGAUUUAAUCCAGUUCAGGUCUUGGAGCUGGCUUAGGGGCAAAUUUAAAGGUUUCUGCUGUUCAUUGUAUGAUUGGCAAAUCCAACCUGCUUUUGCAAUUGCCAUGCUCUAA